ACAGUAGAGAACAAAAUGGAACAGGAAACCCCAAUAUGACAUCAGGGAGAUGUGCAAACAAACAAUUUAAUGUUCAGAAUUGGUUACAAAACUUAAAUUCUGGUGAGUUUGAUCUAUCUCAGGACUACUUUGAAAAAGCAGAUCUAUGGACUAAAGAAUUUAUUUCUAGAGAGGUGUCUGAAGAAGAUUUAGCAGGUGGAUUAAGUGAGAAGGUAAACUGACAAAUGCAAGAAAACACGGGAUCUGUUGGUUGUGAAUCACCACUACUUGUGCAAUCUGACUGUGGAUGUGCCAUGGAAAACUUAGAUCCACCUGGUGCCACAUACUCUGAAAUUGGAGAUCGUACCUGUAGCCGAGGGUGUCACCAUUUCUCUUCAUACCAGCAGAGGCCAUUGGAUGGGGAGGGAGAAGAUUUAGGCUCUGAUAGACCAUUUGAAACAGAGGAUGAUUCUUUGAAAGUAACUAGUGGAAGAAAGGGAGGUAGUAGGGGAAAAAAUCGUAUAAGUACAAAGGAGGAGAUCAGAAGGGAUGGCCGCAGUCCUCAUUCUGUUGGUGGAAAGCACAAAACUGGACGUAAAAAGGGCCAGGGUGAAGAUAGACAACCGCUGAAAACCAUGCUUCCACAGUUCUUGGUCCAUGCUUCUACAUUUUUUGUCAACUUUCUUAUAGGUCUUGUGCAUUGGAUUGGUGAGAAUGUUGAAACAUUGGGCACACUUUUGUACAUCAAGGUGUGGCUUCCAGCUCAUGAUCUAGGCCAUUUAAAAAUACAAAUGCAGUCUUUUGGUCAAUGGACACAUCAUUUUGCUAAAAAAUCCUGGAUAUUGACUUGUUCUUUUGGACUGUGGCUUCUCCGUAUGCUGAAAAUGUUGCGUGCCGUACUCUUCCUGAUUUUUAUGCUUGCAGUGGGCUGUGCUCAGCUUUGUUGGCAGUACAUAAAGAGAGCAUUGAGCAGAGUGGGAGGGGACAGUAAAUGGGGAACACAGAUCAUGUUGACACUGCAGAGGAUAUGGGUGAUGGCAACAAAGAACAGGACUUGUAGUCUUCUUUUAAAUCAACUUAAGAAAUGGACAGCAAAAAUAAGGACAGAUAAAGGGAGAUCUUGGACAUCAGCAGGGUCUACAAGUACAAGAUCUAACAGAUAUCAGCCAGGGGAGGAAGUGGAGCGUCUGCUGACUAUGACUGAUAUACCACAAGAAGAGUUAAAUCCAUUUCAGGUGUUGGGUGUAGAAAUGAAUGCUUCUGAGGCAGAACUCAAAAAGGCAUAUCGACAGCUGGCUGUGCUUGUUCAUCCAGACAAGAAUAAUCACCCCCGAGCAGAAGAAGCCUUUAAGGUUUUGAGAGCUGCAUGGGAUACAGUGAGCAAUCCAGAAAAGCGCAAAGAGUAUGAAAUGAAGCGGAUGUCAGAAACCGAGCUGGCAAAGUCCAUGAAUGAGUUCCUUACAAAGCUGCAGGAUGACCUGAAGGAGGCCAUGCACAGCAUGAUGUGUAGCAAAUGUCAGGGGAAACACAGGAGGUUUGAAAUGGACAGGGACCCUGCAAAUGCCCGUUACUGUGCUGAAUGUGGAAAGAUGCAUCCAGCAGAAGAGGGUGACUUCUGGGCUGAGUCCAGCAUGCUUGGGUUGAAAAUCACUUACUUUGCAAUGAUGCAAGGCAAAGUGUUUGAUAUUACAGAAUGGGCUGGAUGCCAGCAAGUGAGGAUCUCUCCGGAUACUCAUCGUGUUCCUUAUCACAUUUCAUUUGGUUCCAGAAAUACCACAAACCCAGGACGACAAAGGGCUCCCCCAGAAAGCAGUCCAACAUCUGUUGCUGAUCUGCAAAAUCUCUUGAACAAGUUGCGGGGAGGGACCAACAACCACUGA